CCGGAAGCAUUACAUGUCCCGUACAUGGACAAAACAGCUAAAAGUUCUUAACCCUUGACAGCACAGUGCAGUCGCUAGUUCACCAUGAAAGGAACCGCUCAAGUCAAGGUGGUGACAUCAGGGAGGCUGACAGGAGGGGUCAAAGUGCAGCUGUCCAGGAGACGAGGGACUCAUCCAGGACCGGCAGCCUGCACUGAGCCAGCCUACUCCCUGUACUCCACAGACUCUGAAGAGCAGGUCACUUCUCUCCAUCAGGGUCUGGACAGAUGUGCUGCCUUGCUCGGUGGCAUCCUUCAAGCUGAGAAGGCAGCUCCUCCCAGAGCAGUGAAGGGUGGAGCAGCUAAAUCAAGACCAUCUACCUCACUGAGGAAGAAGCCCAUCAACAACACAGUGAGGCAGAGGCUGUGGGACAAGGGGAGCACAGCAGAACAUCUUACAGGUGAAGUGCAGCGUGGAGCAGGCAGAACACCUGCAAGAACAACUCGUCAGUCUGCUGCUGCCGCUGCCCUCUCGCCACAGAAGCUCCAUCCACUUCAGACACAACCUCCCAACCUGCUGCAGCACCUCCGCCCCACCACCCCUCCACCCCAGCCCUCCAUCUCUCCCUCAGGCCAGCUGCUUCUCCCUCAGACUGAAUGUCAGGCUGCUGCUGAAGUUCCACACGCACACUGUGUGUCCGAGUGUGAUGGAGAAGAGGACGAGUUUGUUCCCGUGAGAGACAUCAAUACCCAAAGCAGUGUCGUGCACACAGCUGUCAGACACACACACUCGCACGUACACACCUGUACCUUGAAGAUGUCAAGCAUGCAGCUGGAGCCUGGACAGAGCGCUGAAGUUCCUCAGGACACACAGAGCGAGGAGGAUGGCAGUGCAGAGACGCAAGAGAAAGUGAAGACGGUUCAGUGUCUGCUUGGAGAACUCAAGGCUCUGAUUGCUGGACGAGGCAGUGUAGCAGAGAGGCUGCUCUGUCAGCUGGAGCAGACCGUGUCUUCACCACGGACGGAUGUUGGUGGUCCAAACAUCACGACUGCACCGGACCCACCAUCACUACACAGCCACAACUCUCAGCUCCGCAGGCGUGUGAGGAUUCUUAACCAGCAGUUGAAGGAGAGGGAGAAAGCAGAGCGGCAACAGAGCAUGGAGACCCUCGGUAACUCUGAAGUGUUGAAUCUGCAGGAGGAGCUUCAUAGCGCUCAGUCCCGGCUGCAGGAACUCCAGGAUGAGCUCACAGAAGUACGGGAAGCCCUUCAGGACACACAGAGCCAGCUGACAGACAGAGAGGCAGAGAAUACACUGAUCAGAGCAGACUUGGAGGCCACUAGAAGCAGGCUGCUGGACAGUGAGCGGCAGAAAAGUGAUUUGGCUUCUCUCGCCCUGCAGCGACUGGAAGAGAUAGGAAACUGUAACAGGAUUCUUCAGAGUCAGGAUUCAUCCAACUGUCCUCCAGCUGUUGACACUCUGACAACUAAACCCCAUGUUGACCCGGAGCACAGACAGGAUCCAGGGGAGCCCCCCACUGACCGCAUCACCCAGUUCCUCAUGUCUCUGGGUCAGCUGGAGCCAACACACAUUGAGCAUGUGUGUGUGUCUACAGAGAGACAAGGAGACGUGCGUGAGCAGAAGAACCCGAGAGACGCAUCAUCACAUCCGGAUGUCAGAUCUCAGCGGAGUGACAAACCUGCCCGUCGCCAAAACGCUUGUCCUGACCAAUCGCAUAGUUUGGAUGAUGCCCAGUCAUGUGGGAGGCGGCUGUCCCAGUGCGACGUGGAAUCUGUGUGUUCUGAUUGGAGUACAAGGUCAGGCUCCACUUUUGACACCAGAGACGAGGCGGCGUUCAGAGACGGCCUGGCAGCUCUGGAUGCCAGCAUAGCCAGUCUGCAGAAGACGAUUCAACUGGAUCUGGGGAGGUGAUCAGCUCAGCUUUACACAUUUAAUAUUUUUAUGAAACAUGUUGUUAUGCAUAUACGUGUAGUAUUUUAAUCUGUAUUUUGGCAUUUAAAUAUUUUUUUUUAAUAGAUGAUAUAUUGGAAAUAAAGCAUUUUCUAUUUUGUA